AUGAAAACCUCGACCACUCUCUUUGCUAUCUUCGCCGGACUGGCUGCAGCUAGACCGGCCCUUCAUAACCAAAAGAUCGACGCCGAUCUUGAGGCUGCCGGCAAUAAUUUCGGAAUCACUGAAAGCAGUGGAGGCUCAGCCACGACCUCGGGCAGUGAAGAUCAUACCACCGACCCUAACACCAAAAAGUGGGCUCUCGAGGAGGAUAGGAGGCCUGUCGAUCCUAAGCAGCCCAUAGACGACUAUAUCCCAAAGACCACCUUUAGCUGGAACUCGAAGACCAACCCGCAGCCAGACCGUCCGCGCACUCAGCAGGAAAUCGAUGAUUAUGAGGAUGUGAACGAUCUUGUUGAUGGAAGGCCUCUUCAUGAGCACAACCGGGUAAGCAAGCCUCGCCCCCAGGAGGACUAG